AUGGCCUACGACUCGUACUACGACCCCUCAGGGCCUUCGGGUCCCUACGAGCCUCCUCGCACUGAGGACGAAUACGCAAAUGAGCGAGUUUACGGCUCACCUACAUCCUACCAACCGCCAUAUCCAUCCCAGAAUGCUACAGAGCAAAUCCAGAUGCCUCAACCCCGCAUGCCGUCACCAUCUUAUCAAAACGCACAGUCCGGGAAUCCAACGUACAGCCAUAUCGGGAACGAUAUUGCUUCUACCGUCAACAAUCCAGUCAACAAUAAUAAUCCAAAUUUCCUGUCUCCCGAACUCAUUUCACAGGUCACCGCGACCGUGAUUCAGCAACUCAAAGCUUACGGCUUGGAUGGAUCGCAAGGCCAGCAGCUGCAACCUCAGCAACCACCGCCACCUCCUCCGCUACAACAGCAACAACCACCUCCAUCACCACAUCAAGCGCAAUCAGUACCUCCCGCGCCGUUCUCAGCUCCACCAGCACCUGAACCAGCAUACUACAACCCACAGCCCGCAUACAGAGAUGCACCACCAGCGGAGACUCGUGGACGAGGUACCAUUCCAGUACCUCCUGAGAGACGAGAAACGCAGACCAGAGUCAGCCCGGAUAAGCGCCCAGGAACUGGGUUAGAGUCGCGCAAUACUGUCCCGGGACGCGCAUCUACUGAGAACAUGACCACUUUGGAGAAGAUAUGGGGAAAGAUGUUUCAUGAUGGUCAGCCGACCCCACGGCUGGGUCAGCUUUUGCGGGGGAUCGCAGUACAUCUGAUCGAGGAUUAUCCGCCGAGAAAUACAAUCGUGGUUGUUCCGGAGAAAAUGCAGAAGUAUUACGCAGAUACCAGGGUUCUAACUGAUACCUAUCCAUGGCAGGACAUCUUCGACGACCGGACAUCAUCCAUUUCACGAAUCUACCGAGACAUCGAAGCAGAGCACCACCUUGUCCAGGACCCGCAGAAUUUAAAAGAACGGCCAGAUAUACCGGGCCUGACACCUCGCGGAUUUGAGAAAUGGUACACCAUUAUGAUUCAAGCCAAUCCAGACAGAGAGUUUGCACGUCUACAGAAAACUGUGUUAGACAUGCCAAUCAACAACCCUGACGACAGGAAAGAGAGGUUUCCCAAAGAGCUCCCUCGGCGUCUUUUCCCUAGUUCAUCGGAUAAGAAGAUACUAGAGAAACUAGAGGUUUCUAUCAUCACUCACUGCGAGGUCGAACUUCCACGGAGCCUGCCCGAAGAACGAUCGAGGUCGCCUCCGCGACAGAAUAAGCCCAGAGAUAUAUCCCCACUGUCUAAGACACAGCCGGCAACCAUAGAGCGCAUUCCUGCCUCUGUCUCGACAUCCAAGUCCAGCUCGCAAGAAAGGGAAACCAAGGCCCUCGACGACGACGACGAAGAAGUUACAACUUCCCCUCGUCCGAUUGAACGCGAACGAAAGCCGUACAGUGUCCAUCCAGGUGGAGGUAAAAAAUACGAAGAGACAGCUGCAAACUUAAAGACUUCAGAGCCAAGCAAGUCGACAUCCAGUACGUCGACAGUGAGGCAGGAACAGCCAUAUGCCCGCGGAGCCCCAUCAACAGGUACAACUGGACAUAGCCACGCACAUCAUGGCUCAAUUUCAUUAUCCAAGCCCGGUGGCAGACGCAGUUCGUCCGUCGGCAUGAAAGCAAACGGGCCAGGCGAUUAUCGCCACUCGGAACCUGACCUCAGCUCCUACGACGCAGGGUACGGAAACUUGCCUUCUGCUGGAGGCGCAGGUGGCCAUAGUGGCCAUCCUUACAAGACUAGUGCCGCCGGCAGUACUGCUCUUGAUUUAUACAACGAUGACAACGACCGCCACGCAUACCGCGACUAUGAGCGCGAUGAUUCGCGGGAUUAUGAUGCCGUUCUUGAGCGGGAACGGGAGCGUGAGCGUGAACGUCGGUAUCAUGACCAUGCAGGCACUGGAUCUGGAAGGAAUACAUGGAGUGAUGAAGACUACUACCGUGGUGGUGGUCUACUAGGUGGACAGGGAGGAGGUCCUGAGUAUGAGUACAAGUAUCGUUAG